UAGCGUUACUGUGUCCGGAGGCAAAUUACGUUUGCCAAACUUCUUUAAACAUCAACUAACUUUCUCGCUGAUUGGUGUAGUUCAGUGUGACGUGUUAGAAGCGAGGCGUUAAAAGGUUUUAAAAUGAUAAGGGAGUGAGUUACUGAUAACCUCCUCUUAUUUUUAUCAUAAGGCUGAAUCGGUGUAACUUUUCGAGAGUCGAAAUGAUUCAGUCUUUGAAACAUGUCAGACACAUGGCGACAGGAACAAUCAAACAAGCAGUGUCGGAGUUCCGAAUGCCUGUCCCCUGGGGGGAAAUGAGGGGUAGAGUUUGGGGUCCUGAACAGGGUCGUCCGGUACUGUGCCUGCAUGGUUGGGCAGACAACUGUGGGACUUUUAACACGCUGAUCCCACUGCUACCCCAAGACUGGCGUUUUGUGGCUCUGGAUUUGACCGGUCACGGUUUCUCCUCUCACAGGCCUGAGGGGGUCUUUUACAGUUUCUAUUCGUAUGUGGCUGAUAUUCGACGGGUCAUCGAAGCCUUACAGUGGAAGCGUUUCUCCUUAAUCGGACACAGCAUGGGAGGAAAUGUAGCUGGAAGGAUUAGUGCACUGUAUCCAGAGAUGGUGGAGGCCUUGGUGCUCUUGGACUCUUAUGGAUUUUAUCCAACCGAUAUGAAAGAGAUGAAUGGAUGCAUGAGGAAAGGGAUUGAUGAAAUGAUUCAGUACGAAAAAGAGGAAAAGAAGGAGAGGGUCUACACGUAUGAAAAAGCCAAACAGAGGUUAAUGGGAGCAAACCCAUAUCUCUCAGAACAGUCUGCUCAGAUCCUUAUGGAGCGUGGGGUUGUUGAAGCGGAAGGAGGUGUGAUGUUUACCAGGGAUUUCAGGAUCAAUUUGACGAACAUAGCUCGCACCAGCCUGGAAGAGACUCUCUAUCUCCAGUCAAAGAUACAGGCUCCUGUUCUGUUAGUGCUGGCAGAUAAUGGGCUCGAUAAGAUUUUCGCUGUACCAGAUGGAUAUGCAGACGCCUUACGCAAGGGCUAUCAAAGAGGGACUGUUGUAACAGUCCAGGGUGAUCACCACGUUCACCUGAACAACCCAGAGGUCGUAGCUCCCAUCAUCACCGACUUCUUACAGAAACACACUUCAGAAAAUACAUACGUCGCCAGUGACACCAGCUCAGCCAAGCUGUAACAAGACACACCCGCGUACAUGUUACUGGUCAUGACACUAUAACCUUUUAACCCCGACUGUAACAAAUUUUUAAGUAUUCAUUACAAAUACAGCUCCCACCCAAUCACUGACCGACUUCAUCUUGUAGAUCCUCCUCGGCCUGCAGACUUGAACGCUCUUCAAUACUGUAAACCAGUCACAGUAACCAGCUGUGUCGUCUUUCAGUUCAAGGCUUUAUAUUAAUGUUGGCACAUCUGUUAUACAUUAAAGCCUUAAUAUCACAUUUUAUGUAACAUGGGAUGUAAUAUUGUAUUUAUAAACAAUGUCUUGACUUUGUACUUUUACCCUUUGUGGGUUUUUUUUUUUUUUGGGAACGCCUAAUGAAAUCACUACAACAUAUUCUGCCAGACAGAUGUGUUGGUUUGUCAUUUUUAGUAGGGAUAUUUUGGGUAUCAGCCAAAAACAGCACA